AUUAGCAAUGGCUUUAGAAUAUGUGUUAUCUUCUGAAGACGAAAAUUUUAUAGAAAUAAAAAAUCGACGCCCGAAAAAAAUAAGAAGACGACCAUCAUAUUUUGAAGAAUUUGAUAAUAUUGAUUUUCAUGCGCGAUUUCGUUUAUCGAAGAAAUCUGUUACUAUAGUAUUAACAGAAAUUGAACAGGAAAUUUCUCAUAAAACAGAACAAAACCAUGCCAUAUCUCCAAUGAACCAACUCCUUCUAACAUUGAGAUUCUAUGCAACUGGGAAUCAUUUACUAUCAGUAGCAGAUUUUUCAGGAGUGAGCAAAACAAGUUCUCACAGAAUUAUUCAUCGAGUGACUAAUGCUAUUGCUCGUCUUCGACCAAGAUACAUAAAGUUUCCUAUGCUUGCUGAAGAAAUAAAGAGAGAACAAAUCAAGUUUUUCGAUAUUGCACGAUUCCCAAGAAUAAUAGGUUGCAUAGAUUGUACUCACAUAAAAAUACAAUCAUUUGGUAAGUAA